AUGUCUCGUCUAGUGAACGGCGUCAAGUCGUUUUCGACGACUGCUUCCUCCCUUCUUGCCGAUGCGACCGCUCCCACUGCUCGCUCCUCCUUCCAGGUCUUCCGCGAUGUGCCCUCAAUCCGGGGCCUGCGGCGGCAAUUACUGCAAAAGGACAGAACUGUAGGCUUCGUGCCUACCAUGGGCGCCCUACAUGAGGGGCACCUGUCCUUAAUUCGACAAGCUGCCCGCGAGAACACCGACAUCUUCGUCAGCAUCUUCGUCAACCCCACACAAUUCGGCGUUACGGAGGAUCUGUCCAGCUAUCCCCGCACCUGGGAUUCUGACGUUGCGAAGCUGGAACAAUUGAACGAGGAAUUGUCUCGCUUGGGGGAAAGUAGUGCAAGCGCCGGGCGCAUUACUGCUAUUUUCGCCCCCACCUCGAAGGCCAUGUACCCCGGGUCGCCUCCGUCUUCAGAGGUGGACGGUGACGGCUCCUUUGUCACCAUUACCCCCCUGUCUGGAAAACUGGAAGGUGGUUCUCGUCCCGUGUUCUUCCGUGGCGUGGCGACUGUUUGCAUGAAGCUGUUCAACAUCACCACCCCCGACCGUGUCUACUUUGGCCAGAAGGACGUUCAACAAACCGUGGUCAUCAAGCGCAUGGUCGAAGACUUCCACGUUGGAAGUGAGGUUCGAAUUAUUGAAACCGCACGCGAGCAUGAUGGCCUGGCGCUAAGCUCGCGUAAUGUCUACCUGGGUGACCGCAGACGAGCCGUUGGCCUCACGAUCUACAAAGCGCUCAAGGCCGCAGAGGAUCAAUAUCUUGCUGGCAAGACCAGCCGUGCAGAUAUCCUUGGAUCUGCACAGAGCCUGGCGGAGACCGUCCUUGCUGAGCAGCAAGCCCUUUCGCCAUCGGAGCGCGCGAUCUACGAGGUCGACUACAUUUCUCUCGCGGAUCCUGAUACCCUUGACGAGGUCGACGUUGUCGAGCCGGCCAAAGGUGCCAUCCUGAGCACUGCAUUCAAGAUGGCACCGCUAGAAGAGUCUAACUCCGGCGAGAAUUGUGGCCUAGGCGAUGGCAAGGUCCCUGUGCGACUGAUUGACAACCUGAUUUUGCAUCCCCGUGCUUAG